AUGAAUCGUCCUCGGCGAGCCGCUGCUGCAAAGCCACAGGGUCACUAUGCUGCCACCACCUCUCCAGCAAAAAGGAGGAAGGCCAGUGACUCUGCCAGUGCUUCAGCACGGAAAAAAGGGAAACAGAAAGCUCAACCCCAGCCCCUGCUCGACGGAAUCGGCUUGCCUAUGCCUGGUCCUGUUCCCGCCGUCCCCAUCCCCGUUAUUACACCAGCACCUUUGGAUCCGGCGGCACUUGCAUUGGAUUUGAACAAAUCUUAUGAAGGUAAAAUUACACCACCAGUGCGGCCAAAGCGGCAACCGAGAUGGCAGCAGCCGGCAGCGAAUCCAAUUAUAAGAAUCGAGAAUACGCCAAACGGUUGGAAUGACAAGGAACCCGAUCUUGAUCCUGAUGAUUUGGUUGCUCAGAUUGCAAGGUGCCGUGAGCGGAUCAGUGAUAAUAUCAUGACCAGGACGUUUCAUCACAGAUUGAGGGACUUGUUGCAAAAGCAGCAAAGUCGCGAUGCAAUGAUGGCCUUGGAGCCGGCUGGAUUGAGUUGGGCUGUCGUCCUGCGUUUGCAAACACUCCAGGGGUCUUUGACAUGGCUCCAAAGCGAGAAUGACAAGUACGAACUGGUUGCCAAUGUGACAAACAUCAUGGCAGCGUACAGAUCAGGUCAAUUAAGAUGGAAUCCAGGUCUUGUUACCUACUGGUCUAGAGGCACACAGCUCUGCCAUCCGAGACCAUUCAGGUGGGAUGAAUUUAAGAUCAUCAAUGCCCAAUAUGCCGGUCAUACAGGCUUUUGGGUAGAAGGGCUUCAAGGACCAGGACCAGGCGACCAAAUGGCAGAAUGGAUAGCUACGCCAAUGCCUGGAUACGGACAGUUUGCUGCCUACAUGACCAUCGCCGUACAACUUCCAGACUCGACUAUUGUGCCUUCAGGUGCAUUUAACCCUGUACAACCAUCUCUGCCCAGUUUCCUUGACUUCAUGGAUGACACUGGGUCUUGUACCAUGCAGAUAAACAAAAGUGAUAUGGACGAUCUCAUAGUUGAUAAUCGUGACCCCCUAGGAAAUGACCCCCCUCUUCCACCACUGUUAGGCUGCAUGCCCAUAUUAGUCGCGAAUGGCUCAGUUAGCAACUUAAUCUGCAGGCAAUUUGAGGUUAACAUGUACGAUAGCGUGGCCGUCGACUUCCUCUCUGUCUUGUGGCAUCCAGUUCAAGUCCUCAUUUAUGAUGACACCAACGUUCAAGCACAUACUCGAUUGAAUGGUCCGUGGCCACGACACAGGAUGUAUUCAGCGUCGGCUCCGGAUGGCUCAAGUUAUUCCUACUUUGGUGACGUACACACAAGAUUCUUGAAUGUGCCCACCGUAGGUCCGGUUCAAAUGACCUCCGCAUUACCGGACAAUGCAUUGGAUCCAGUGCCGGUAGCAGGAGGAAAAGCAGCAGCAGGAGCAGGUCCAGCAGCAGGAGGAGGAGGAGGAGGAGGAGGAGGAGCAGGAGGAAAAGCAGCCCCCUAA